UUUUGUGCUCUGCCUCUCGUGUCAGCUUCCUGCUAACUCUAUUUUUAAGUUAAGGUGUAAUUCACACACCGUGAAAUCUACCCCUUUACAGUGUACGGCUCGGUGGCUUUUAGCCUGUUCACAGAGUUGUGCAACCAGCACCUCUGUCCGAUUCCAGAACAUUCCCCUUGCCUCAGAAAGGAAACCCGCUCCCCUGCCCAGCCCCGGCAGCCACGAGUCCACUUCCCGUCCUCAGGGAUUUGCAUGUUCUGGACACUUCACUCAGUGGGAGCGUGAAGAGCCCUCGCCGGGGUCUGGCUCCCUUCGCGGGCGUGACGCCGCCCAGGCCCGUUGUCUGCGCGUGGCUCCCUUCCUUUCUCGGGCCUGGUACUCCUGGGCUCCCCCGUGGGGUCCCCCUGGCCCGCUGAGGGCGCCGGGGGUGCUUCUGCCUCGGGGGCCAUGCGUGGUGCUGCUGUGCGUGGACGCGUGUCCCGCUCUCCCGGGGUGUGUCUGGGCGCCGAUCUCCCGGCUCGUGGGGUGACCCCGGGCCAGACGUCUUCUGGAACCACCAUGAGAGUUUCUGCCGCGGCUGCCCCGGUUCACACCCAGCAGCAGGGGCGCGGCUGCGCUUGCCCCCCACCCUCGCCAGCACUCACUCUUGUCCGUCUGCCCGGUGGUCGCCCCAGUUUUGGAGUGUCCUGGAGCCGCGGGCUGCGUGGCCGUCUGUGCGUCUUUCCCUGCAGCGUGGUGGCCGUCACUCGCUCCCCCUGGGGUCUGGUGCUGCUCCUGCGGGGCGGGGUGGCCGACGUGGGUGUCUGGGGUGGACUGGGGACCCCACCCGCUCUGACCCCUCUGCAUUCCCCGGCCCCGCGCGGCCCCCGCGUCCUCCCCACCCCGUCCCUCGGGUCCCUGGGGGUCGGGCCCGGCCAAGGAGGGUCGGGGGCAGUGGGCAGCCCCUCCCUGGGCGUGCCCGGCGGCCCUGCCCGGCGACAGCCUCCCGCCCCGCGCGGUAACUGCCCGGCUGCCGGGAAUCGCCGUGACUCCCCGCGGGCGGCGCUUCCUGCAAGUCAGCCGGGCGGGAGGAAGUGGCCCGGCCGGCUCCGCACAGCCCGCCAUGGCCCAGCUGCGCUGCUGGCUGCGGCUCGCGGCCCUCAGCCAGGAUCCCUCGUUCCUCGACGACCUGUCCACCGCCUCCCUCUUCUCCUCGUCCGUGGACUCCCUGUCGGACAUCGCGGACACGCCCGACUUCCUGCCUGCUGACAGCCUCAGCCAGGUGCCCACCAUCUGGGACGUGGGUGCCGCUGCUCCCGCCCACGACAAGCUCUUCCUGUCCAGCAGCCAGUUCCCAGGCCUUGAGGAUGCCGUGUCCUCCCUGCCCCCCACCCCACUCCUCGUCAGCUACCAGGCCCAGGCACAGCCCGAGGAGGAGGACGAUGCGGAGGAGGACGAGGCAGAGGAGCUGGGCCACACGGAGACCUACGCCGACUACGCGCCGUCCAAGUCCAAGCUCGGGAAGCACCACCCUGACCGCGUGGUGGAGACCAGCACGCUGUCCAGCGUCCCGCCCCCCGACAUCACCUACAGCCUUGCCCUGCCGGCCACUGCCUGGGAGAGCGGGGCCCUGUCCGCCCUGCAGCUGGAGGCCAUCACCUACGCCUGCCAGCAACAUGAGGUCCUGCUCCCCAGCGGGCAGCGGGCAGGCUUCCUGAUCGGGGAUGGGGCCGGCGUGGGCAAGGGCCGCACUGUGGCUGGCAUCAUCUUCGAGAACUACCUGAAGGGCAGGAAGAAGGCCCUGUGGUUCAGCGUCUCCAACGAUCUCAAGUACGACGCGGAGCGCGACCUGCGGGACAUCGAGGCCCCCGGCAUCGCGGUGCACGCACUGAGCAAGAUCAAGUACGGCGACAGCACUACCUCCGAGGGCGUCCUCUUCGCCACCUACUCGGCGCUGAUCGGGGAGAGCCAGGCGGGCGGCCAGCACCGCACGCGCCUGCGCCAGAUCCUCGAGUGGUGCGGGGAGGCCUUCGACGGCGUCAUCGUGUUCGACGAGUGCCACAAAGCCAAGAACGCCAGCUCCACCAAGAUGGGCAAGGCUGUGCUGGACCUGCAGAACAAGCUGCCCUUGGCUCGCGUCGUCUAUGCCAGCGCCACAGGAGCCUCCGAGCCGCGGAACAUGGUGUACAUGAGCCGCCUGGGCAUCUGGGGCGAGGGCACACCCUUCCGGGCCUUUGAGGAGUUCCUGCACGCCAUCGAGAAGAGGGGUGUGGGCGCCAUGGAGAUUGUGGCCAUGGACAUGAAGGUCAGUGGCAUGUACAUCGCGCGCCAGCUCAGCUUCUCGGGCGUCACCUUCCGCGUCGAGGAGAUCCCGCUGGCCCCGGCCUUCGAGCGCGUGUACAACCGUGCGGCCCUGCUGUGGGCGGAGGCCCUGGGCGUGUUCCAGCAGGCGGCCGACCUCCUCGGGCUCGAGUCCCGCAAGUCGCUGUGGGGCCAGUUCUGGUCGGCGCACCAGCGCUUCUUCAAGUACCUGUGCAUCGCCGCCAAGGUGCGGCGCCUGGUGGCGCUGGCCCGCGAGGAGCUGGCCCGGGACAAGUGUGUGGUCAUCGGGCUGCAGUCCACGGGUGAGGCCCGGACCCGCGAGGUGCUGGACGAGAAGGACGGACGCCUCGAUGGCUUUGUGUCUGCUGCUGAGGGCGUCUUCCUGUCGCUGAUCCAGAAGCACUUUCCCUCCACCAAGAGGAGGCGCGACAAGGGGGCGGGCGGCAAGAGGAAACGGCGGCCACGGGGCCGAGGGGCCAAGGCACCCAGGCUGGCUUGUGAGGCAAUCGGUGUCAUCCACAUCAGCGACGGCAGCAGCACCGAGUCAGACGCCGGCCUGGACAGCGACUUCCACUCGUCCCCAGAGUCGCUGCUGGAUGACGAUGUGGUCAUCGUGGAGGCCGACGAGCGGGGCCCCCUGUGCACCCCCCAGCGAGACCUGCACGGCCCCGGGCUGCUGGAGCGGGUGGACGGGCUGAAGCAGGACCUGCUGGGCAAGGUGCGGGCCCUGGGCCGGGAGCUGCCGGUCAACACCCUGGACGAGCUCAUCGACCAGCUCGGGGGGCCCGAGUGUGUGGCCGAGAUGACGGGCAGGAAGGGCCGCGUGGUGUCCAGGCCUGACGGGACAGUGGCUUUCGAGUCGCGGGCGGAGCAGGGUCUGUCCAUCGACCACGUGAACCUCAGGGAGAAGGAGCGCUUCAUGAGCGGGGAGAAGCUCGUCGCCAUCAUCUCGGAGGCGUCCAGCUCGGGCGUCUCGCUCCAGGCCGACCGCCGGGUGCGCAACCAGAAGCGCCGCGUGCACAUGACGCUCGAGCUGCCCUGGAGCGCAGACCGCGCCAUCCAGCAGUUCGGCCGCACCCACCGGUCGAACCAGGUCUCGGCGCCCGAGUACGUCUUCCUCAUCUCCGAGCUGGCCGGGGAGCGGAGGUUCGCCUCCAUCGUGGCCAAGCGCCUGGAGAGCCUGGGGGCCCUGACCCACGGGGACCGCCGCGCCACCGAGUCCCGCGAUCUGAGCAAGUACAACUUCGAGAACAAGUACGGCGCGCGGGCCCUGAACUGCGUCCUCAGCACCAUCCUGAGCCAAACGGAAAACAGGGUGCCCCUGCCCCAGGGCUACCCCGGAGGGGCCGCCGCCUUCUUCCGGGACAUGAAGCAGGGGCUGCUGUCGGUGGGCAUCGGCGGGCGGGAGUCCCGCUCCGGCUGCCUGGACGUGGAGAAGGACUGCUCCAUCACCAAGUUCCUGAACCGCAUCCUGGGGCUGGAGGUGCCCAAGCAGAACGCCCUCUUCCAGUACUUCUCCGCCACCUUCGACCACCUGGUGGAGACCGACAAGAAGGAGGGCAAAUACGACCUGGGCAUCCUGGGUGAGUGCCCCCCGCGGUCGGGACAGCCCCCCAGCAGCCUGCACACGGAGCGGCUCCCAGGCUCCCAAGCCUUCUGCCUCCACAAUCUGGCACCCGGCAUCGAUGAGAUCUAUGAGGAGAGCCAGGAGGUGUUCCUGGCCCCCGGGCACCCCCAGGAUGGGCAGGUGGUCUUCUACAAGAUCAGCGUGGACCGCGGCCUCAGGUGGGAGGAGGCCUACGCCAGGUCGCUGGAGCUGACAGGUGUGCACGAGGGCUUCUACCUCUCCUACAAGGUCCGUGGCAACCAGCCGAGCUGCCUCCUGGCGGAGCAGAACCGGGGCAAGCACUUCACGGUGUACAAGCCCAACAUCGGCAGGCAGAGCCAGCUGGAGACCCUCGACGGCCUGUGCCGGAGGUUCCACCGGGUCACGGCGGAGGAGGCCAAGGAGCACUGGGAGAGCAACUACGCCUUCUCGCUGACGCACUGCAGCCACGCGGCGUGGAACCGGCACUGCCGCCUGGCGCUGGAGGGCAAGGAGUGCGCGCAGGGGCUGCGGCUGCGCCACCACUACAUGCUGUGCGGGGCGCUGCUGCGCGUCUGGAGCCGCAUCGCCGCCGUCAUGGCCGAGGUCACCAGCAGCAGCUACCUGCAAAUCGUGCGCCUCAAGACUAAGGACCAGAAGAAGCAAGUCGGCAUCAAGAUCCCCGAGGCCUGCGUGCGGCGCGUGCUGCAGGAGCUGCAGCUGAUGGACGCCGACGUGAAGCGCAGGCGCGCCCGCGCCCUGGCCGGCCCCGCGCCGCGCGCGCCCGCCCCAGCCCGUGGCCCCGGCGAGGUGCUGGACCUGACCUACAGCCCGCCGGCCGAGGCCCCCGCGCCCGCCGCGCGCUUCGCCUUCCCGCCGCUGGGCCUGGAGCCCGCCGCCCCCAGCCCCCUGCUGCUCGGCACCCCCGGCGCCCUGGCGUCCGCCGCGCUCGCCGACCCCGGCGACCUCCUGCAGCAGGGCUGCGACAUCAACUUCAAGGAGGUGCUGGAGGACAUGCUGCGCUCGCUGCACGCCGCGCCCCCCGCCGCGCCCCCCGGGCCCCUGGGGGGCGGUGGGGGGCCGCCGGGGCGGCAGAGCGUCAUCCAGUUUAGCCCGCCCUUCGCCAACUCCUAGGUCCCGGGCACCCAGAUCUCUCCAGGGAUCCCCGCUCUGCGCGGGCAGGCACAGGCCCGGGCUCCCCUGCCUGUCGUGUGGGAGAGAGGGACGGUCCCCUCCUCCGUUUCUAGGGCCACCACUGCAGUGCCUUCCUCAAGCCCCUGACCCUCCUGGGCCUCGGGGUCCAGUGCCUGAGCAGCCCCCCAGACGCCGGCCGGCCCUGCACUAGGGGGGACACCCCUCAACGCCCUGCCUGGUAGGGACACUGCCUGGUUCAGUCUUGGGGUGCAGGGGCCAAGGGAGGCCUCAAAGGCAGGGGCUGCCAGCCUGUGCCUCCAGCCUCUCCGGCCCUCAGGCCUGGGGCAGGGGCACUAAGCACUCGGCUGUGGGGUCGGGAGCCCCCAGCUCUGCCCCCGCCCGCACUGGGAGGCUCUAUCCCUGACACCCGUGAAACUGGGUGGUCCCAAGAGCUGGAAACUCAGGAAACCCAGGUGCUCAGGGCCGUCUGGCCAGACCCCCCGUUAAUAUAUGCAAUCCCCAGCUCCCCAUCCCUUGCUCCCUAAGUUAUUGCUCAGUCACCUCCCCAGACUCCUGAGAGUCCUCUUGGGGGGUGGGGAGCAGUCCUCUGGUUUCUAUGUGUAUUUAUAACUUGUGUAUAUAUGUAAAGAGAUUUUUUAAAUAUAUGUGCCUUUUGACUACUUC